AGGGAGGGAGGGAGGGAGGGGAGGCCGAGGAGGGCCCGGGCCUGGCCCACUCCCAGGCGGGCCUUCCUCUCUCGUUCUCUCCCUGGGAACACAGGCCACCACCGCUCUCUCUCUCUCUCUCUCUCUCUCUCUCUCUCUCUCAGCCAGGCCUGGGCAAGCUCCGGGCCUCCCUCCGGGGCGGGGUUUUGGACUCCAACUCCCAGAAGGCCUCCCCUCAGGCCCCGCAGGCCUCACCUUCACCUCCACCUCAAGACUGCGGAGAGAGAGAGAGAGAGAGAGAGAGAGAGAGAGAGAGAGAGAGAGAGAGAGAGAGAGAGCAAGGGACUGGGGAAGGGAGGUCAACAGACCAAGAGAAGGAAGGAAGGAAGGAAGGAAGGGCGCUCGGAAAGGGAGGGGCCCCCAGGGAUCAGCUGGCAUGGACAUUCACAACAGAGGGACAUGCAGACAAAGGGACAACAACAACAACAACAACAACAUUUGUAUCCUGCCACCAUCUCCCCCAGAGGGGACUCGGCGUGGCUCACAGAAAGAUCCCAUACAAAACAGGAACAAUAUACAAGACAGCAAUCAACAAGAAGCCCUGCUUGACUCUCAAGCCAAAAGUGGGUGGUAGAAAUCACAUAGUACAAAAGCUGACUGGCACAACCUGGGGAUCCCAACCAGGCCCUGGAAAGACAGGCGCUUGGCUCCUCUGCUGCUGAAUUCACAGGCCCAGUGGGGAAGACAUCUCACCACGUUCAAACAGUGGACGUGGCUCUUCAUGAGACAUGCCGCACCCUCACAGGAUGUCUGCGCCCCACACCACGGGAGAAAUGAUACUGUUGAGUCCCUCUGGGGAGAGAGGGCAGUCUAGAAAUGAAAUGGUAUUUAUUAUUAUGAUGAUUAUGGCACCAUCUGACAUCUGUGGGGAAGUAGCAGCCUGUAAUGAAAGGACCAAGGCAGUGACAUCUCUGGCCCAUCCCCUCUUUGGAUAUCAGCCAGCAUGUCAAUGCCUUAAAUCAAGAAAUAGUUUCCUAAGAUCUACAAAGAUACUCGCAGGAACACCUCAGCAACAACUUUAUUUGUGUGUCCCGCCUCCAUCUCUCACUCCUUCCUUCCUGGCCUGAGAUGGAGGGAUGGAGAAUGACCUCCACAAGAGGAAACGAAAUUUGGGACAGAUGAGGUAUCAAAGAAAUUGCUUGGGGGGGACGGGGGACACACACACGGUGGUAUGGGAUAAUAUAUAUAUAUAUAUGGGUGAAAAUAACAGUGGAUGCAAAAAUGUAUUGUAGAAUUGUUUUGAAUAUUGAAUAUUAUGCGUCUGCUGUAUAACAAGGGGUGUCUAUAUUUUUUAAAAGAACUAUAUCAAUGUCUUCUGUAUCAUGAGGAAAAGGAAGGGGGUGGAGGGGGGAAGAGAAGCCUUGUCUUCCUAGUAUUAUAGACAGUGUCUAAAGUUUUGGAAGAUCCAAAUGUCCUCUGUGACAGAAACGAAUGCACUCUUGUCCUCAGGACUUUGCCUUCCCACACUAUCCACUCUCCUUCCCGCCUUCUUUUCCAGUUCUUUGCAUGUAUUUCAUAUCAUAACGACUGCCAUAUAGAUCUAAAAUAUCAAUUCCAUUAGUUAGUAAAUUAGGAUUGUGUGGGUAAGAAUUCACUAUGUUACGUUGUUAUCUUCUUUUAUUUAAACACUACACAAAUAUGUAUUAAUAUAUAUGUUGUCGCUCUAAAAUACCUAAUUAACAAGGCUAGCAACCUUUUGUGUUCUAAUCAAAGAGUGCUGAUAGGUCAAUUAUUCAAAGUCUCUUGAAUAAAGAGUUCAGAAAUAGUACAAAAUGUAACUGUAUACUAUUAAUAAUAUUUUAGUCAACAGAUCCUGCUGUGGCCAUCUUCCUUUGCUUUGUGAAUUCAAUGAAUGGCUUCCAUUCUUCUUGGAAGUUUCUGUGUAUUUGUUUGUUGUACAGCUAAAGUUAGUUUGUCCUAUUUGGCCAUUUCAAAACCUUUUGUAAUCCAGUUUUCUGGUGUUGGCAUGUCUUGUUGUUUUCAUAGUUUUGCGUAUUCAGGUCUUGCUUCUGUUGUCAUAUAAAGAAAGAGUCUUUCUUGAUGUUUCCCAGUAGAAAAAGUUAUGGUUUUAAUGGGAUUUUGUACUCUAGAAUAGUUUCCAUGUCUGUGUGGAUUUUUAUUCAGAAUUCGUUAGAAUUUGGGCAAGUCCCAACAUAUCAUGUGUGUGUGUGUAUUUGAGAGUUUUUCUGGAGUUAUGUACCAUCUAUGUAUCAUUUUGUUGAAAUUUUAUUUAAUUGUGUGACUCCUUGUAAAUUUUAGUCAUUUUUACCAGAGCUCUUCCCAUUCUCGUGGACGUAUUGCUCAGCCUAGACUUUUCACCCACUGAAUCAUAGGUUUUUUAAUUUCUUCAUCAAUUGUAAAAUCUUUCAGAAGAAAUUGAUGCAGCUUCCCAGCUGGCUUGUUUUUUGUCUGUAGCAGUUGGUUCUGCUUACAAUAUGAAACACAUAUAUCAAACAACUACAAUCACAUUUCAAAAUUCCAUUUAAAUUAAAUUACAUUCAAACCUUUAUAAAUAUACAUUUCAAGUCCAAACGCAGUCUGUCAUUAUACCUUGGAUCAUAUAGUUGUCAUUUCUGCUGCUACUAUUGCUCAAAAGCCUGGUCCCACAACCUUUCUGCCUUUCUUUCACAGAGGAAAUGUGAUUUUUGGCUGAGAAUUUGGGAGUAGAGCCUGUGGAGGGAUUUCCUUCCCUUGAAAGAAAGGAGAGGAAGGAAAAGCAUCUUGGAUACUGUUGGGUUCUUCACCAGAGUGGUUCCAACAUGGAGAGACCCAACUCACGUGGGCCUGAAGCAGGACCUGGGGGCAGUGGGGAAUCCUGGGAAAGAACCAGACAUGAGUCCCUGAGUGUGGACCUUGACAGCUCGGACACACAGCGCCAGCGCUUCAGGCAGUCCUCCUACCAAGAGGGUGAAGGACCCAGAGGGGUUUGCAGUCGUCUCCACGACCUGUGCCGCCAGUGGCUGAAGCCAGAGCAGCACACCAAGGCCGAGGUGCUGGACCUGGUGACCCUGGAGCAGUUCCUGAGCAUCCUGCCCCCAGAGAUGGGGAGCUGGGUCCGAGAGUGUGGGGCAGAGACCUGUUCCCAGGCGGUGGCCCUGGCGGAAGGCUUCCUCCUGAGUCGGGCCGAGGACAAGGAGCAGGAAGGACAGGCCCAUAAUAAUGUCAUGGAAGUCCCUGCACCAGAGGAAUCUCCACCAGACACCACCCAGAGUCUCAGGCAGAAGGAGCUGAAUCGGGAAGGAGACGGGGCUGCCGCCUUGCAGGGGUCUGGAAUGAUGCUGUUGCCGAAUCCUCAGCCGUUUCUCCCCCUUUGCGAUGGAGUGGGACUGAGUCAGGUAAGCAGAAGGAUUCCUGGGAGAGGAGGACUGGGCCUGCCGGGGUGCCUUUGGUUCCAGGAUUAAUGGCCAAAUAUCUGUUGAAACAGACAAGAUGGAAUGCGUUUCCUUAGAAGUGAAAUACGGAAGGUACAAUUACAAACCGUGCCAACAAGGAGGGAAAAAAUGAAGAGAGAACUAAAGAAACCAGAAUCGAUGUGCAAAGAAAUUUCAACGGAGCUAUGAUUGAAAAGGGACAUGUACAGGAAAUGGAAAGGGGGGGGGGAUCACCAAGGAAUGUAAACAACUAAUCAGCAUAAGUAGGGAAAAGGUCUAACUCAGAAAAUGAGGUCAGAUGAAAAAAUGUGCCAAGAGUAGGGUCUGUGCCUGGAGAAGGUGGUGGAAUGCUAACCGGGGAUAGGCAAGAGUUAGAACAUGAUCUCCCAAAAGGAAAUGGGUAUUCUACCUGAGCAAGAUGGAGCAACUGGGGAAAUGCAACCCAAAAUGGGUAAAGAAGUGGUCCAGGAAUACUUGGCCACGCUCAAUGAAUCCCAGUCUCCAGGGCCAGGUGAACUACAGCCAAGGGUAUUGAACUAACAGCAGUAAUCCCAGAACCACUGUCAAUCCUCUUCCUUCAUUUUUGGGAACAGGAGAAAUCCCAGCCGGGUGGAGGAGGCAAAGGUUGUCUCUAUCUUCAAGAAUGGACCAAAAAGAGGUCCCCUAACAAUGACCAUCCAGUUAUCUUGACUUGUCCCAUAAGCAGUUGGAGCAGCUGUUUAGACUCCCGAAUGUUUAUAAGGAGGAGAUCGUUUGAUGUGGAUCGAUAAUAGUUAUAGAGGGAGCGGAUCUGUUUGUUUGCUAUUAUGCACUCUUUAUCGAACCAAUUUUUGGAUCUGACCCUGGGUUGCCUCGGCAUUCUUUGCCAAUCGUAUAGUUUUUAAAAGAUAGGUUUUAUAAGGGAUUCAAACCCGGUGAUGCCUCCUCGAAAUCUGGGAUUUCAAUGAUCAUAGUUUCUAUGGACAACACUUCCUAAGAGUUCAAGAUAUCCAGGCACACCCCUUUUGUCUUAACGUUCCGCUUCAGCCUGGUGUAUUGUGGGUAGGCUUGUCCAGGUGGGGAAGUGCUGCUUCUCUCCAAAACCAGGAGAAGUGGGAGAUAGAUGAUCACUAAGCAAGGAAUUGUCUAUAGCAAAUGAAUCAAUGUCACUAGCUAUGGAGGGAGAAGUCAGAAGAUAGUCUAUGACACUAGAGCCCCUUGGUGAGACCAAUGUAUAUUCUCCAGAGUCAGGAAACUGAGUAAGUCCAUUUAGCCGAGACAGGUUGAGCUGCGUGGCCAUUUUGGUCAGGCACUUUCCGGCUUGGUUUCACGCUUGGUCCUUAGAGUGUCGGGCUUUUGGUGUCAGGAGAGAGUUGAAGGGAUCUUCAUCCAGGCCCUCUUCUCUCAACACAUUUAUUCAACUAGAUCCUACCCUUGCAUUGAAGUCACCCGUUAUCUUGACCUAAAUAACAGGAAAAAUGUUGGAGCAGAUCAUGAAGAAGGCCAUCUGGAAUCACUUGGGAAAAGUGCUGUAAUCACUGAAGGACAAGAUGAGUUUCUCCAAAACAAGUCAUGCCAGACUAAUGUACUUUUAAGUAGAGCUACAAGCUUGGUAGAGGAAGCAAAUGCAGUGGAUGUAGCACAUCUUGCUUUCAGUGAGACCUCUGGAAAGGCCUCCCAUGGUUUCACAAACAACUAGUAAAAAGUGGGCUGGAUAAUACUCCUGUUCGGAGGAUUUGUAAUGGUUUGAGCGACAAAGGGUGGAGUGUCGCAGGGUUCUGUCCUGGGCCCAGUACUGCUCAACACGCGUAUCAGGUUUUCAGAUGACACCAAAUUAGCAGGUAUAGCUGACAGUCUAGAAGAUAGGAUCAGAAUUCAAAAUUCUGGCCUUAACAUGGUGGAGAGCUGGGCCAAAACUAACCCACUUAAUGUCAACAAGAAUAUAUGUAGAGUAGUACACUUAGGCAGGAGAGAAAUGCCAUGCACAGGUACAGGGUGGGCGACACCUGGCUUGACAGGCAUUCAUAUGAUGGGAUCUUGGAGUGUUAGAGGACUACAAGUGGAACAUGAGCCAACAAUGUGAGGCAGCAGAUGAAAAGACAAUGGGAUUUUGGGCUCCAUCCUAAGGAAUAUUGUGUCCUUCUUUCUGCUUUGGGGAGACCUCACCUGGAACAACACUGUGUCCAGUUCUGGGCACCACAAUAAAGGCUGGAACAUGCUCAGAUUCCAUUUCUGAUUCUACGUAUCAAUUGAGAAAUGGUUCUGACUGACCAACCCGUCAUCUCUAGAAAGCUUACAACUGUGGCAUGGAGGCCUUGGCCCUUUCCCUUUCAAACAACCAACAGGAAUGUAAAUCUACUUUAAAGAAUUUCUUGUUAUUCUUUUUCUUGAUCGCUCCCAUGUGAGACGGGAAUCUUUUCUUCUUCCGCCAGGGCCCAAUCGCCUUUGAGGACGUGGCUGUGGAUUUCUCCCUGGAGGAGUGGGUUCUCCUGAAUCCGGACCAGAAAGCCUUGCACAAGCAGGUCAUGGAGGAGAUGAAUGGGAUUGUGGACUCUCUUGGUAAGGCUCCCUCACUGAUGGGGAUUUCUGUUUCAAAAGGCAGUAUUAUCCUAAAUCAUCACAGUCACUGAGGGUCUGUAAGGCAGGGCUUAUGUUAGAAAUAUAUGACAUAAGAGUAACAACAACAACAAUAAUAAUAUAACAUUAGUGCCAAUUCAGACUCAAGUGGGAAGAUUACCAUAACUGGAGUCAAAGCAUAUUCCCCCUCUCUCAAAUAUAUUACAUAUUACUGUAUUUUAUAUUGUACAUUAUAUACACUAUAUAUAUGUAAUAAAUAUUAUAUUAUUAGCAUAGCAUGUUACUAGGGGGAAGGCCCCAGAGCAUCAGUUGGGCCUCCAACUGAUGGCACAGUAGACAAGAUGGAACUGUCUUCCUGGUUCCCCCUCUCUCCUAACGUUUCGCCCGUAUUUAUGGCAGGUAUCCUGAGAGGUGGGAGGUAUAUUGGAAACUAGGCUAGUGAGGUUUAUAGAUCUGUUUUUCCCAUAUACCUGACAACCUCUGAGGAUGCCUGCCAUAGAUGCAGGCAAACAUCAGGAGAGAAUACUUCUGAAACAUAGCCAUACAGCCCAGAAAACAUGGCCAUACAGCCCAGUGUUUACAAAAAACACUAACUACAUUUCUUAAUAGUCAAUGACUGGGUCUGAGCUACUCUCUGUUUCCAUCUCUUCUCGGAUUUAAAAGGGAGGGAAAAAUUCCAAGCCCUACAUCUCUCCUGAGACACAAGCAGAGAGAGGUCUCAAUGCACACAGCACACACGGAGAUAUAAAAGUCAGAAAUCUUGCACUAUUCUACAAAACUAAUCAGAAUGAGAGAAAGAGAGAAAGAAACAGAGAAAGAACAAAUAGAUACAUCCCAACUGUCAAUCAGGAGACAAGGGGGAGGGAUUCCCCCAGCCUGUUCUGAAACUAGCUCCCUGUUUCUCAUUGGGGACUGCAGACUUGAGCAGCGUGGGGUUGAAUCACAACAGAUGGAUCAGCAGCUCUUUCCUCUGGUCCAGUCUUGUCCUUUCUCCCAAACUGGGAUGGUGUGGAGGCCGUCUCUUCUCUCUCACGUGGGAUGUUACGUGGAUGCCACUCUAUCUGGCCAAGUCCUACAGACAUCCCUUUUUUGUUCCCUUUUCUGCCUUCAUCAUUGUUCUCCACCUUUUCUUUACUGUCACGGUUUUGCACGUUCACAGCUUUGUCAGGCAAAUCUAUCCCUUUGGAACUCAUAUUUACAGCCAACUUCCAUAAAGUGUAAGAGUCCCAUUUGGCAGUUGAUGGGAGAAGUGUAUCUGUAUUGUCAUGGGGCCAAUUCCCAGAGCUGAGUCUGCAAGCUCUGGAAUUGGAGCCAUAACAACAAGCACUCCUCGAUAGCUCAUGCAGACACCUGGCACCGGAGCAUGGGAACUUUUGGAGUGAGAAUCAAAACAGCUUUAAUGAAUAGUUGGUGUUGUAGUGGUAGUAAUGUGAUAUGUGGGGUGGGGUUUGGUGAUGAUAUUUACGUGUGGUGUGACGUUGUAGCAAAGGUGAUAAAAAUGAUUGUGUGUAAACAUUAUGUCAUUCUCGACUUUUCCAAAGUCGUGUGUUCUUCAAUAAAGAUUGGUUUUGAUAACA